AUGGAUAUAGACUGGAGUGAUGAUGACUGCGACGAUGAUAUCCUAGAACUGGCUAAUAGACCGCCCAGGGCUACCCAGUUGUCAAACGUGCCUACUAGAUCAGAUGUAUAUACUCAACAGCUUCAGUUAUCGACGACAGCAAAUGUUGCUGGCCCAACAUAUAAUAGUGCUGCUCAAUUGGAAAAUGAGCUUAUGGCAGCUCGUGGAGAAGCAGGUAUGCUACGAGAUAAGCUGCUACUACUCGAAAAGGAUAGAGAAAAGGAAAGAGAACGUUUACAGAAGAAAGAGAAAGACCUAGAGUCUGUGCACCAACAAGAGAUCAAUAAGCUAAGAGAAGAGUUACAAAGGUUGGAGGACGAGAGAAAGUUUCUGAUGUUGGAAAAGCGUCAGCUGGCGAAAUUCCAAGCUAAUACUUCUCCGGUACAGCUUGCUGCCCCUAACCAGGCGCCAGGUGACUCAGUCAAGAAGCGUAAGGUGGAUAACGUCAUUACGAGAGAAUUCGUCCCGUUAAACCCAAACCGUACAAUACCAGAUGAGUCUUCGUUAUUCGUAGAUGCUCUAGUGUUGAAUAAAUUACAUGGUUGCAGUAUGUCAUUAUUAGAUAUCUUAGACCAUAUCUGCCUGGAAAAUACCGACGGCAUUGGCGAUAUUCUACCUUUAGCGACCCGUGCUCCACUGGGAAAGCCAAUUAGAAUGAUGUUGUUUAAAAUGAAGGGUACUAUGCAGCUUGAUAUGCUAGUUGAUAGUUGUUUGGAAAAAUUAGCUGUGCUGAUUAGAGGCAUUACAUUAAAGAAUGACUGCAAGUUUGCGGUACCUUUCCUUGUUGCAUGUAUGUACCAGAUGAUUCAAUUCCGCCCUAGUGCUAUCCAUAUUAAUGCAUUAAAGGAUACUUUUCAAUUCAUUUCUGAUCUGGCUAUUACAUACCAGCAUCUCUUGAAGAAGCCGCUGCAUGAGUCGCCGUUAAAAUUGGACGUCAAACCUAAUAUUUUUCAGUAUGAGUUCAUCGAUAUAUUAGCAAUGCUCUACUGCUUUGAUAUCAUGGAACUAUGUAUCAAACUACUGCUUCUGCAGUCCCCAGAAGAACAGCUACAAUUUUUUGACAAACGCAUUUGGGAUAACGUAACUAAGAUCAUUCAUCUGUCUCUAUCAAUGUCCUACAAAUCUAUCUUUAAUGUCGUUUAUAAUACUGUGGAAAUUAUACAUGGUCUUGCUCAAGUUAGCCUACCACAAGAAUUUGCGAGUUCACAAUGGUGGGACUCAAUCCUAGCCAGAUUGUUCCACGUAUGGGCACGAAGGGUCAACGACAAGAAUAUUGAAGACAACGAUAAUAUACAUUUGCCUUUGGAAUAUAAUAUUUCUGGGAUGAUCCGCUGCCUAGGCGACAAUGCUAACAUUAAACUGCUGGAACAGUUAGUGGAUUCUAAGGGCGUUAAUUCUAUUCCAGAGGUUGUCCACAAGCAAUUCCCUAAAAUGUCACGCAGUUGCAAGCUCAGGGUAGAAGAGUGGGGACUAAAUCUUCAACUUACCAUUGCAGCCAUUUUAGAAAAGGUACUAACCAAACAUCCUUCUAUGUUACCCCAUAGUUCAGUCCUAAGCCACACUAUAAAACUUUUAUGCAAAGAGCAGGAGUUUAUGUUGGUACAGUGCUUAGGAAGUGACUCCGAGAACGCCGGUAUGCGAAUCACACUCAUUGAAGAGUUAGUACGACUUAUUUAUCACACUUGGACACAGGUGGAAGAGCCUACGACCCUAAUUAAGGACCUGCAAAACGAUCUUACAAUCUGCCUAUGGCGUAUCGUUUUCGGUAACGCUACUGGAGCCAAGGAAGUCGCAGAGCUGCAAGAAAGCUCAUUACUUAUAGACGCUAUGCAUAAUUUAAAGGUACAGGAACAGAUAGACUACUAUGAGGAUGCUCUGGAUGCAGCCCAUAUCCCCAGCUUCCUUUCUGAGGAGCUGCAGAGGGACAAAACAGUUCACUGCGUCGCUCAAUUGAAUGCCGGGUGUUCAUAUAACUGUCGAGAACAGGCCAAAUUCGUCCUCGAGAGAAUAACCUCUCCUGAAGACGCUGACGCUCUAUAUCUCUCUAUGGUAGCCGAAUAG